UGGUACAAGGCUGUUGUGAAUAGCCUUGUUCCAUGUGACCUCUGUGAUCAUUCACAAAUUCCACAAGUAGCAAGUAAUGAUGUCAAAAGUGAUUGGCCAAUCAGUGAUCACAUGAUCGGGACCUCGCACAGAGGUCCCGUACGACGAUCUGUGUUCCACUGUGUCCGGGAAGAGGAGAAUCCAGGCUGCUCUGUGCAAAACCACUCCCAGGUAGCGCGCACAAGGAGGGGGCAGGGAGGCCGUUUAUAAACGGCCACCCCGCCCCUGCACUGCCACCGUCUGGCCGUUUAUAUACAAAGGCCGGAAGGGAGGUGGUUAACCAAAGCAUAUAUUCCUUUCAAGAUGUAAUUUUCAG